UCCCCAGGGCUAGGAGAGAAACCCGGGUUCAGAAUGGGCAGGGCCACGCCAUAUCGAAGAAGCAGACAUGUUUCGCUGUUGUCUGCCUCCUGAGAGCAUGACGGUCACAUUCCUAGGGCCCAGGACACUUCUGUGAAGGAACACCAGGGCAGCAGAGGCCAGAAGACCAAGAGACCCCCAACGACACUGAGAAGGCCUCCACAGAAGCCUCGGAAUAUCCUCAUGAGAGAUGCAUUCGAGGAGCAGGCUGGUAGGGUGCAAAAGGAGCGGACGCAGCUGCAGACAGGUCAGCCGUCCCAGUCAGGACUAGGAGCAGCCGUGCCCACUAAAGAGGAGACCAUACUGAGGUCAAAAGAGUUCAAGAAUCCUUCUGAAACUGCCCAUCCAUAUUGGCCAGGGCCAGAUGACGGGUCUCAAAGGUAUUACAUGUCCAGCUUCUCUCUCUGGAGCAGUUCGACCAAUGAUAGCUUGCUACCCCUGACACCCCGGCAGCUGACAGCCUUCCAGGAUAUCUUCAAACUGUUCAGUUGCAGCCCGACAGGCACUGUGGACAUGCACAGUAUGAAAGUUGCCCUUCGCAAUGUGGGUAUCCAGCUGGGCCCACAGGAGAUGUGCGAGGCUCUUCGCCUGGCCGACUUAGAUGGUGAUGGAAUCGUAAGCUUCAAGGACUUCCUAGGUGUCCUCACUGACAACCACCGUCUGGCUCAGUGCAUGAGCCAAAUGAAGGGCAGUCGGUUCUGUGAGCCCCCAGGCCUGCAGACCCUGUUCCUCGAGGUGCUGUUCAAACUACUGAAUCAAGGCUUUGUACCCGCCAAAUCAAGGCAGGAGGUGACAAGCUACUAUUUCCAGAAGCAGCGGGACCUGCGGUUGAGCUCCUGCCCGCGGAACCGGGCGCGCGGCCCGAGCCGGCCUGCGCGUGCGCACACGGGCCUCACCUUCUUCUGCCAAGCUGCGCGCCUCAAUGGCCUCUCCAGCUCUCAGCUGGCGCGCUCCUUGCACACACUCUGCAGAGCAGGUGGGCGUAGCCCCUACACUCAGAUUCCCAACCUCGCCGGGCGCCCGAGGCCAGAUCGCAAGACCACGACUCGAACUGCAGGGCCCGAGGUUCGUCUCCCCAAACCCCAACAGCCAGGCCGCCCCAAGCUCCCUCUCAACCUUGGGCCACUCAGCAAAGGUCCCCUCCGCCCUCCCGCUGGGCUAAUGAGCCAGCCGCUGGAGCAAAUGCGCCCCUCGAAGCUGGCUUCCUCUCCGCCAACUCUAGUGCAGAAGCACCCCUCCUCCCCUUCGUCAGCCUGUUUCCAGAGAUGUACUAUUAAGAGCUUGUACAAGUAAACCGUUUGCUGAGCGAA